CGUAACACAGGUGACCGGCUGAUCUCAGAAAAUGGAGAUGUUGAUCAUCAUCUGCGUGUAGAUCACAGCUGGGCCUGGGACAGGGAAAGGAAGGGUACUUCUUAUCAGUUGUUUUUCUACCAGAUACUAAAUCUUGAUCUUGACAGCUUAAUGAGUAAGUUAAGAUCAGUGAGCCCAUGAUCUUCCCUAGCCAUGGUCCUGUUCAUCAACAUCAACAUAGGUCAAAGGGUAGAGGUCAUAUACAAGGGUGAAGUUCACGAGGGGACCGUGAAGUACAAAGGAGGACUCACAAACACCACGGGUGACUGGGUUGGACUUGAUCUAGAUGAACCGGUUGGUAAACACAAUGGUUUAUACAAGGGAAGGCAGUACUUCAGCUGUAGAAACAAACAUGGUAUCUUCAUCCAUCCAUCUCGGAUAAGGUUCACAUUCGCUAAGAGAGGGCUCUUUGAUACAUACAAGUCAGUGAGUCCAGAAUCAUCGGUUGAAGGUACACUAUUCUCCACACAGAAGCCUAAGGUGUUGGACUACUUUGAUGGAAGAUCGGUUGGCGAAUCAUACAUGAAUACAGCAGGGAAAGGGUUUGAAGACGGUUCAGAUACCUGGUUCGCAGGCAAGUCAAAUAGACUUCAUACCAGGAGUUACAGUGAAUCGGCCACUCCGACCUAUAACCUAGGUCACCCCAUCGGAGGUCGUGUCAAGACCAAGAAAGACAACACUGACGAGAGGGAUGACCGUCUAAGAAUACGUCCGAAAUCCGCACUGGGGUCGACGACUGCGAAUCUGUCGGCGAGAAGCCUGAAUUACUCAAUGUUGGGCCACAUGAGGCCCAUGUCGGGGAAGCUGAGCGCCUCGUUUGAUAAGGAGACGGGGAGGGCGUCGGUUCUUGGGCGGUCUUUUGGGGGCGAGGAGGAUAUACCCUUCAUCUCGACGCCGUCAAUACCGAAAUCUCACAUGCCGCACCUGUCGCUGAUGAAACAGGAGGUUGUCGGGUGGGGUCUGACGCAUAGACCAAGAGAGUGGACAUUAUAGGAAGAGAACUUGAAAAGAGGGUGAUCGAGAUGAGGAUUGUUCGAAACAUUAACUGUAUGGAGCCAUUGUAAAGGAGGGUAUUCAUUCCGGUGACUUGCUGUUUGGUCUAUAACCAGUUAGUCUACUACUAAAUUGGUCUAUUCCCAAAUAGUCUACUCCCAGCCCAGGGAUCUACUAUCCACAUGGUCUAAUAAUCAUUCAAUCAUGAAUAAUAAUCAUCAUCAAAUGACUAUUGGUCAUUAUGGAUAGUAGACAAGAUGGGCAUUAGCUAGGAAUUAAACCCGACUGGAAAUUAGACCAAAUGACCAUUAGCCUAAAUGGUCAAUGGACCAAAUGAUAUUUAUGAUUAAAUGAUUAUUAGACCAUGUGAACAGUGGACGGGCUGGGUGUAGACCAUAUGGGAAUAUACUAAUUGGAUAGUAGACCGAACGGCAAUAAACCUUCAUUCUGUGUUGAAAUAUAUAAGUGACUUUGUGCAUGCAUGAUAGUUAGAAAUUUCUUGCAAAAGGGGACAGUUUUCAGGAAUGUUUGCAACUCUGACAUGUUUGUGGAUUUGAAAAAGCAAGGAAUUGCUUCAGUGUCACAUAUUUAAGAGAAACUUGCAACUCGAAUAACAUUAAGGCGAAUUUUGUUUUAAAAAAAACGGUACUAUGUGUGAAUUUAUACUUGAUAACCCCUAAAUGAUUGAUAUUUAGAGCACAUUUGUACCUAUUUUUGGUUGGGGGGGGGGCCCCAAAAAGGGUCAGAAUUUGUGGAAAGUGUUCUUGAAAGUCCGCUUAAAGGGGAUCAUUUUCUGCUCCACUAACAAUUGUGCACUUUUAAUGUGAAGUGACACUACAACAGGAAAGAACAAGAGUUACAUAUAGCUGGUGAGAAAGAGAGAGAAUAAUAUAAAAAAAGAGGAAUAUAUUUUUAAAGAGAAGAUGAGAGGAGAUUGAGAGAGUGAAGACAUAAUGGUAGUUUUUUUAUGUGUGGUAUACAUGUAAAUUGUAAUGUCCCAUUUUCUGGAAGAGUAUUGUCUACAAUAGUGCUGCUGUAUAUACAUGUACAUGUACUGACAAUCUAAGUCCAUGUGUAAUAGCCUUCUUGUUGGCAACUGGCAACAAAGCUGUUGUUUUCAUAAGGGGGGGGGGGGGGGUAUGUUUGGGCAAUUUUUUGUUUUAGAAAAAUAGUGAAUGGGAAAAUGAAAGUAAUCACUACUGUGACUCUACCGGUUAUUUUGUGACCAUCUGUCUUUCACUUUUAUACAAUAAGAGCCUUAAUCUUUUGUAUUAUCAUGAUAUGUAACAUUCUUUUACUGUGUACAUGCAUGUACUUUAAAGGCCCUAUCCGAUGAAAACACAACUUUAUAUCAAUGUAAAGCUGAAUGAAGAGCUGUUAAUCCGCUGAAAGACACUAAAAUAGCAUAUCAUUUAUAUUAUUGUAACCUUUAUCUUGUAAGCUUUCUAUUGAUAUAUAAUUCAUCUAUUUUGUUUUUCACUUCUGCCAAGGACUUUAAUUCACAUUCAGUAGUUCAGUCAGUAAUGCUGCAGGUUGAUUUUAUAUGUUAUGUUCAUGUAGUUACUAGGUAGUAGUUACCUGUUGUGCUAGAUUGUACAAAAAAUGUUGCUUACUAUAAAAUUGGCAUUUUGAACUGGUAUCGCUUGAUUACCAUAUGUGGCCUGUCUUUUUUUCAUCAUAGAAAGCUGCUAUUUGUAGUUCUCUUGUAUUCAAAGCAGUUGUAGAUGAAAUUUGUGCAUGUGUCGUUUACGAAUGCCACAAUUUGACAUCAAGUAAUUAGCAUUGCGUCUAUGUGUUAGAUCAUAAAUUUAAGAUUUUGAUUUGAAACUAGGUAUUAUAUAAUAUAUACCACAACAUAUUUGUUCUAUAGCUGAUAAAUGCCGGAACAAAAUGAUACAAAUACUCAACAGAAAGAACACAAAUUUUUUUUCUUCACACAUAUCAAUGGUUUAUGUAUGUUAAAUAUAAUUUUUUUUAAUGGUGUUAUAUCUUUUAUGUGAAGUCUGUAGAGUGCUUAUUUUUAGCAUGAAGUCAGUUUGAUGUAGAAAAUUCAAUACUGAAGCCUUGUUUAAACAUCCUGUACCCAAUUACUGCAGGUUCUACCUUAGUAUCUAUUUUGUCAUAUUUGAAAUCAUACAGGCACAUUUUUUAUAAUAAAGAGUUCCAAAACAAUGGGUGGUGCGACACAAUCUCAAUCUGAAUUCCUGAAUAAAACUAUUAAGAGUAAUAGAGUGCAAAGAUAAUUAUGUUUUACCCAUGAUAUUGGUAUUGGACAUUAAAAUGUUUUGUGAGAUUGUAGUAUAACUUUUAGUUCCUUUCUAGCCAUCUAGGAGGGGGGGGGAGAAUUAUUUAUUAGGGGUAUAAAGAAAGCUAACUGGAAUGCUUAUUCCAAAGUGACUGUAAAAUCACUGGCAAUUUAUUUUAUGAGCUUUAAACACAAGUUUCGGCACAGUCCGCCUUCAGUGUUGGAGUCCUUAAUCACUCACAUUACUUUAGUAUGUGUUUGUAGAUUGAUGAGUCAGAGUAAAUAAAUGUUGCGUGCAUAUUUUUCUACUACUUUAAUCCAUAUUUUUCUACUACUUUAAUCCAUGUGUUCAUUUUUACUGCGAAACCAGAAACUUUUGCAUGCACAAACUUUCAUCAAUUUCACAGGUGUUUCAGAUUAAUGCUGUGAAAUGGUUGAAUUUGAAAUUAACAUGAAAUAUUUACAAUUUGCAAGUUUCUGGCUGUGAAAAGUGCUGUUAUUAUAAUUAUCCACUUAUGAAAGCUUCAGAUCCUGAAGUUGCUGGUUUUACAUUCUUUGUAUUGUAACAUUUUCUACUGCAUUUUCUACAUUCCAAAGGAUUGUACAAUCGUAAAAGAGUCUUUUAAUUUAGCAAUAAAAGAAGUAUCUAUCA